AUGGCUGCACUUGCUUCUAAGCAGCAGUCGCAGAAGAUCUUCGAGAAGUUGAAGACGAAGCCUGCGAACAAGAUUUGCUUCGACUGCGGCGCCAAAUACCCUACCUGGACCUCUGUUCCGUUCGGUAUCUACCUCUGCCUCGACUGCUCGUCGAACCACCGAAACCUCGGUGUCCAUAUCUCUUUCGUCCGAUCUACCAACCUCGACCAGUGGCAAUGGGAUCAAUUGCGCCUGAUGAAGGUCGGUGGAAACGAAUCGGCUACCAAGUUCUUUCAGCAAAACGGAGGUACCGCCGCGCUCAACAGCAAGGACCCCAAGACGAAGUACCAAUCAAGCGCUGCCACCAAGUACAAGGAUGAGUUGAAGAGACGGGCCGCCAGAGAUGCCCAAGAAUACCCCGGCGAGGUUGUCAUCACCGACGCCACCGAUGUCGACGCCUCUACCCCAUCCGGCGAGCCUGACGACGAUUUCUUCUCCUCAUGGGACAAGCCCUCCAUCAAGAAGCCCACUCCUCCUGUUUCCCGAACUGCGACCCCCCCGACCGUCGGCCGAACCCCUUCUCCGUUCUUGAACGCCAAUAACGGCGCCGGCAAGGACAUCGCCCGCUCCUCAUCGCCCCUGUCCAAGACCGAUGGCGACAACAAGCCCGCUGCCAGUCGCGUCACUACUUCUGCUGCGCUGCGCAAGACCACUGCCGGCGGUCCCCGCAAGGCCAACAUCCUGGGUGCUAAGAAGGCUCCCAAGUUGGGCGUGAAGAAGGUCACCGCCGAUCUGAUCGACUUCGAUGAAGCCGAGAAGAAGGCAAAGGAGGAGGCUGAGCGCAUCGAGAAGCUCGGAUACGACCCCGAAGCCGAGGAAGAGAAGAAGGCAGCGGCCAAGGUGGAUAGCGUCUCUGCACCCACCCCCACCAGCCCGAAGGGUGGUUACGGCUCUUCCAGCCACACUCGCCAGAAGUCCAACGCAGAGGUGGAGCGCUUGGGAAUGGGCGUCGCCAGACUUGGUUUCGGUCAGGUCGGCGGACCCAAGGGCGCUGCGGCUCCCAAGAAGGCCGCAGCUGGCGGAUUCGGCUCUGUUGGACCCAUCAAGGCUUCUGAGGACAACGACGAGACAUACGCGCGCAGCAAGUUCGGCGCCCAGAAGGGUAUCUCUUCCGACGAGUUCUUCGGCAAGGGAUCGUUCGACCCCAAUGCCCAGGCCGAGGCCAAGACGCGCCUGCAAGGAUUCGAAGGAGCCACAUCUAUUUCCUCCAACGCUUACUUCGGCCGCCCUGAAGACGAGCCGGUCGAGGAGUACGGCGAUCUCGAGGGUGCCGCCAAGGACUUCAUCCGCAAAUUCGGCAUCACCGCCGGCGACGACCUCGAGAACCUUACCCAGCUGGCAGGCGAGGCCAGCCAGAAGCUCCAAGGUGCCAUCCGUGCCUACCUUGGCAGCUGA